AUGGCGUCUAGUUCGCAGCUUCCUGCCGCACCGAAAAAUUUACCAACGAAGCCGCAGGAAACUGAAUCAGAUUACAUUGUAAAUAACUUUCAAGCUGGGGGGGCGGACAACAAACCUAAGCGGAACAAACCACUUGGUGAGUAUAUUGCUUCUCAUCUUCUUCACUUCUCAACUUGUAAACUUGAGCAGCAUUUCUGCGUCACUCUCUCUUCCAAUGUAUCGUCUGAACAUACUAAACUCCGACAGCAGAAGUUACCAGCAUGGCAGCCUAUACUAACUGCUUCCACAGUAAUACCGACAGUUUUUGGAAUUGGAAUUGUUUUUCUGCCCAUUGGGAUUGCAUUAUUUAUCGCGAAUCGUGAAGAUAUUAAAUAA